AUGCUCGGAAGGCGUCUGAACGAGUACAGAAACUCUUUCGGAAUUCCAAACGGCAUGGGAUAUCCCAAUCUUGCCCCUGGCUCUGAUAUGAGUAACUUGACCGAGACGGGUGAGGGGCUAGCAUAUGAGGAUGGUAUUGAGUGGGCCGAGGCCAUUGCGUGGAUUAGAAGUGUAACUAAGCUCGAAAUUUGGGUGAAAGGAAUCUAUACUGCUGAAGAUGUCGCACUGGCCAUCCAGCAUGGAGUCAACGGUGUUGUGAUUUCCAACCACGGCGGUAGACAAUUAGAUGGAGUACCAGCCACUCUUGAUGCACUACGCGAAUGUGCACCUGUCGCAAAGGGCAAAAUAGCCAUCGCCAUUGAUGGCGGUAUCCGCCGCGGAACAGACAUUUUCAAGGCUUUGGCCCUAGGAGCGGACUAUUGCUUUGCAGGGAGGAUACCUAUCUGGGGAUUAGCGGUUAGUUUAAUAUCGUCCUUCCAUGACCCUUUCCUGACUUUGAACCUUUUAGUACAAUGGAACAAAGGGCGUGGAACUUGCUGUCAAGCUAUUGCAAGAAGAAUUUAA